AUGAAACUUCAGUUGGUGCUGAGGCGAAAGCUUUGUCGCACGUACGCGACUCGUCUUCCACAACGACCACCAUACAGAGCACCAGAUCCUCUCAAAAAUAAUCCAAAUGCCGUGUCUCUUCCUGAAGACCUGACAUUUAUCCACCGAUCUCCUCCAUCUGCCCCUUCCCCGCUUUCAUACACUACUUCACCGGCAUCACCAUUGCUGCAUCCGGAGCCGUCGUCAAGCUCCUCACUCCCACCCCUUUUGCGCACCGACAAGCCCCAGUCGCCACGUUUGUCGCAAGAGGACUUGCUGAAGAUCCGUAAAUUGCGUGUAGAGGAUCCCCUCACGUGGACACGCUCGAAGCUCGCGAAAGAGUUCAACUGCACACCAAAUUUCAUUGGCAGGGCCGCGGCCAUGAAGGUGCGGGAUAGGAAGAAGGUACUGGCUCAGCGGGACGAAGAACACGAGAAGGCGCGCGGCUUGUGGGGAGAGAAGAAGUCGCUGUUCAGAGAAAUUGCGAAGAAGCGGAGAGAUUUCUGGUAG